AGUUAGUGUAAAAAGAAGGUGGAAUAAGAGGGGGAAACAGAGAAAGUAAGUUCUGAUAUAUAAAAAUGAAAGAAAGCAAAACCCAUUGCCUACAAAGGAGUGAUCACUCAUAAUAACAUAACAAAAUAAAAAUGAGAAACUUGGGGGGUCCUUUAUAACUUUUAUAUGGUCCAUUGAGGUCUUAUUCAUUUUAUUUUUUGUGUCACUAUCAAACUAAAAACAUAUUCCCACUCUCUUUAACUAGAGAUCAACAUCUCCUCAUCCAUGGAAGAAAACCAAAGCUCUCAAAAUCAAAAACAAAUUCACCAUCUCCCACCUGAUAAACUACAAAUGAACAAAGCCAGUGCUUCAUCUUCUUCUCCCUACGGCACAAGUUCUUCAAAACGUGCAUUCUGCACAUUCAUCACCAUCUUUCUCUUACUAGUUGGCAUCACUCUAUUAGUCCUCUGGCUUGUCUACCGUCCACACAAACCCCACUUCACGGUUGUCGGCGCCGCCAUCUACGGCUUCAACACAACCUCCCCACCGCUCCUUUCAGCCACGUUGCAGUUCAACGUGCUCAUAAAAAACCCAAACAAACGUGUCUCUGUUUACUAUGACAGAUUCUCUGCUUUCGUGUCUUACAAAAACCAAGCCAUAACACCGCAGGUUAUGCUGCCACCGUUGUUUCUUGAGAAGCAUAGUCAGGUAUCGUUGUCACCGGUGAUCGGAGGUACGGCGGUUCCGGUGUCGGUGGAAGUUUCGAAUGGGUUGAUGGUGGAUGAGGCUUAUGGGGUGGUGGGUAUGAAACUGGUUUUUCUUGGAAGGUUGAGAUGGAAAGCUGGUGCUAUAAAAACAGCACAUUAUGGUUUCUAUGGUAAGUGCGAUGUAUUGAUUGGUUUGAAGAAAGGUUUUGUUGGUCAGGUUCCUCUGCUUGGUACUCCACCCUGCGACUUCGACAUUUGAACAAUCUUAAGCUACUACCUGCUUUCUUUUCUGUUUACGGAUUCAAUAUUUCAAGUGUAAUAAUAAAUGUUACUUACUAAUUACUCCACUCGUCUUUCUUUUAUACAACAAAUUACUAUAUGUGUCAUACUUUCAUUUUUUUAUUUUAUUAUGGGGUUAGGAUGUUUAUGAAUUCAGUGCAUGUGUUAGAGAAGGUAGAGUUUGGAAGAAUUUCUAAUUAUGUUACGGCGUGGAAUUUUUUCUUUUAA